UAAACCACACCGACGGAAAUCAAAGCCACCAUUGCAGCAGGAGAAAAUCUAUUCAAUCAAUUUCAAUUUUCGCGUUUGUUCGUUGUGUUAUAUUUCUUCUUUUCUUUUUAAGAAAAUUAUAAAUUAAUAAUAAUUAAUUCCCCGCGCACAAUAAAUUCAACAUUAAUUAUCAAUUAAUAAAAUAAAUUAAAUAAAAAUGGAUAAUAUUGAACAUUUGUAUAAAUGCUAUGAUAUUUUAUCAGAGGCUGGUGAAAAAAUUAAAGAGCAUGAAAAUGAAUAUAAAGAUAUUUUAAAAGCCGUAAAAGGAUCUUCGAAGGAAAAACGUUUAGCGUCUCAAUUUAUUGGCAAAUUUUUUAAGCAUUUUCCCGAAUUAGCCGAUUCAGCUAUCGACGCACAACUUGAUUUAUGUGAAGAUAAUGAUAUGCAAAUUCGCCGACAAGCUAUUAAAGAUUUACCAAAACUUUGUUUGGACACGGUUGGAAUUACACCAAAAAUAGGCGACACACUCGCUCAAUUGUUAAUUCUUGAUGAUCCAUUAGAAUUACAAACUGUUAAUGCAUCUCUACAAACUAUUUUAAAGGUCGAUGCUAAAGGAGCUCUUCAAGGAAUCUUUACACAAAUUGCCUCUGGCGAUGAAACAACAAGAGAAAGAUGCUUCAAAUUCAUUGCAGCUAAAUUAUUACCCAUGGGCUCAGAAGUUGUAACCAAAGAAGUCGAAGACUAUCUUAUUGAAGAAAUUAAGAAAAUUUUACAGGAUGUAAGCGCUGACGAAUUUCAUUUGUGUAUGAAUAUAUUAGGAGCCACAAAACUUGGCACUACCGUCACCGGACACACCGAAUUAGUAAAUUUGGCAACAGAACAAGCUGAACUUGGAGCCGAUAUUGAUGCCAUUACAAUUGAAGAUGAAAUUGUCGAACGUUUUAUUCAAUGUGCAACGCAUGCUAUGCCAUAUUUUUCGUCUCAAAUCAAAUCAACACAAUUUGUAGUUUUUGUAUGUGACAAAUUACUUCCAUUAAGUACAUGGAAUAUGAUUGCAACAGCUGUACAACAGGAUCAAGUUCAAUUGCGUUUAUUGAAAGUAUUUGCUGAGAUGUGUGCAUAUUGCGAUACAUUAGAAAAUGCAUCAACAAGAAUUGAUGCUGUUUAUACUAUUUUAAGGGAAUAUAUGCCAUUACCAUCAUUAACAGAUGAUGAUUUAGCUACACCACCAUCAUUCCAAUUUUCUCAUGCUGAAUGUCUUUUAUAUGCAUUGCAUAUGUUAGGUAGAAAGAAUCCAGAUGGUUUGGCAUUUGUCAACGAUCCAGAGAAAUUAAAAGAUUUUCGAUCAAGAUUACAAUAUUUGGCACGAGGAACACAAGGAUACAUCAAGAAACUAGAAGAAUCAGUCAAAGGAAAACCCACAGAUGAACUCAAAACAGAAGAACAUCAAUUGAAAUUGACCGCCCUCAAAACAACAUCAAACAUCAGCUCAUUAAUUCGUGAUCUCUUCCAUUCACCACCAAGCUUUAAAACAGAAAUUCAACUCUCUUGGGUUACAAGGAAAAAUAAUAAAAUCAGUUCAAAAAGACAUGCACCGAUAACAUUCGAUGGCAAAGCCGAAAAUGGAAACACAGAUGACAAGAAACCACGAUCAAGCUCCGACCAGAAAGUCUACGUCCCACCCUCUGGAAAAUAUUCGAAUAAAGUGCAAAACUAUGGACAAAACCGACAAAGGGCACGAAAUGGAUCAGGAGGCGGCGGCGGCGGAGGUGGCUACAGGAACAACAAUCGUCGUUCAUAUAAAAAAUACUAAAAGAAAAACAAUAAACUGAACAGAAAGAAGAUUGCUCGUGUUGUUGGGCAGGAAGAUGGAGAGGAAUUUACAAGUCAAGUAGAAUAGAAUGCGAUACAUGGAAAAAUG